AAACACCACCAGGGCCCGCCGGAGCGACUACAGCUCCCAGCGCGCUUUGCAAAGGCGCCUUGCUGGGGGCAACCGCGGUGGUCGGGGGGAACGGCUGGUCCCUUUCCGACGGUGAGCGGGGAGCAGCCGGAGCGGGCGGCGCUCCUCUCGCGAGAGCGGGCGGCCGCGCCUCGCACCCCCGCACCCCCGCCUCGCGCGACGCGGGGCGGCGGCCGCCAUGGCGGCGGCGGCGGCGGGGGGCGCGGAGGGACUCUUCGCGCUGGAGCUGCUGGUGGAGGCGGUGCGGGUGGCGGUGGCGGCGCCGGGCCCCGCGCUGCGCCCGGCCGUGGCGCUGCGCCUCCUCGACUUCCCCACCCUCCUGCUGCACCCCGCCGCCGCCGGGCCGCCCCUGCGGCCGGGCCGGGCCUUCCCCUUCGGCCGCGGCAAGCGCUGCAUCUUCCGCUGGCGCCGGGGCUCGCUCUGCGCCGCGCUCCGCCGCCGGCCGCUCCGCGCCCUGCUCCUGGGGCUGCCCGCCGGCCUCGCCCCGGGGACCCCCCGCCUUCUCGGCAGCUGCGGCGUCUCCCUGGCCUCCGUCGCCGCCGAGCUGCUGCAGCGGCCCGGGGCGCCUGCCUCCUGCGGCCGCCGCGGCCGCUUCCCGCUGCGGGACUCCGCGGGCCGCCCCGUCGGGGAGCUGCUCCUGGCCUACCGCCUCACCUGCCUGGAGGCCGGUGAGGAGCCGCGCCCCGCCAGCCCCGGCGCCGCCGCCUCCCCUGAGCGGGGGAGAGAGGACGAGGAAGGCGAGAAGGAGGAGGAGGGCGAGGAGCUAGAGGGCAACAUCUUUUGCCCUCCCGUGCUGUAUUACAGCCGCGAGCCUGCUGAGCCUCGUCUGCCGCCAGCAGCCAUGCCUGCAGGGAAAUGGGAGCACGUCGAGGCCUGGAGACCGCAGGAGCAAGACAAGGGCCAGAGCCCCCCACGUCCCAGUGCCGGGCCCUCACUGCUGCACCCCACCAGCCCUCAGCAGCUCCCCAGCACCCUGGGGCAGCUGCCACUCCUCAGUGCCUUGCUGGCAGAGCUGUCGGUGCUCACCCGCAGCGCUACCCCUGCUGCUGUCCAUGACCAUCUGGCCUGGCUCUACAAGGCCCCGGGGGGUGGUGGCAUGGUCUCACGGCCCCCCAGCCCCAGCCGCUCCUCUGCCCCCAAGCCUGCAGAGGCGCCUGUGGGGCCAGGUGGGAGCAGUGGAGCUGCCAGCCCUCGAGUCAAGCAAGGCUGGAAAGAGGCCACCUCACCAGGGUCUUCUAGGGCUGGGAGAAGACCUAAGAAAGCUGUACCCCAGGGGGAGACAGGCUCUGAAAAGAACUGCAAAACUAAGGAAGACAGACCUCCCAGAAGGAAACUGUUGUACGGGCUGACAAAUACACUGAGGCUACGGCUGCAGCAGACCAAUCCUGAUAAGCUGAUCAUUCAUGAAAGGAGAGAGCAGUACAGAAAAAAGCAAAUGGAGAUGCUGAAGAAGAGAAGUCCAUUAUCCAAAAGAAAGCUGCUCAGAAGUGCUGGAGAACAGGAUGUGGUUUCCUAUAGGCACUGUAGCAAGGGCAACAGUUCAAAGCAGAAUCAGUUCGAUAAAACUGUUGGGACUUCAUUACAAACCAGUGCUGUCACAGAGUGUGUUUCCAUGACAGGAGAUGUGUCCCCUGACCUGCCGAAACAGUUUAUUCCAAGUCUCUUGAAGAAUGAUGAAAUUGCAAGCAAGGAACGUCCAUGCAAAGUAACUACAGUCCCCUUAAGGGAGGAAACUGUAUUAAUAUCUGCUCACAACAAAAAGCAUGUGAAGGCCCAAAUCGCAGCAGCUUUCCCAUCAGAUGCUAAUGCAAGGGGAAGCAAUGAGGAAGCAAUACACCUAACCCACCAUAAAACCGCGGAGCAUGAUGAUGCGUCUGUUGUAAGUGAUCAUAAACCCAGCCCCAGCGGGAGUGUUGAAAACAACUCUGAAUUCAUAUACUCAGAUGACUUCGUUGCUAGUCCUGAGAACACGGUUUAUUCAGAAGAUUUCACCAGUGCUGAGUGUAUGGGCAGAGACUCAGAAGCUCUUGACAGCAGUCCUGAAGCUCUGUGGCUUGAAAGCCCAAAGCGAGGUUGGUCAGAUACAGAGCCGGAAUCCAGCAGGUCCAGAAUUUCAAAGACAAGUCAAAGAGCUGAAAGUACGUCAGAUCUUCUGCCAGUUCCUUCAGUUUCAUCUCCAGUCCAGUCUUUGAAGAUAAACCGUGACUUAAAAACCAGCAAGAGAACUAGUGGUGAAUCUGUUGAUUCACUUAGUGAUGCCUCCAUUGGAGCAAGGUUAUUGGAUGAAGAGCAGGAAGCCCAACAGAUCAGUAAGGAAGAGAACAGGGGUGAACAGCAUAUUAAACAAGUAUCUACACUGAGAAGCAAACAAAAUAGCUCUGAUGCCGAUCUGAAUACUGGAAAGGGGCAGACCUCUUCAGGAAAAAGCCACUCAGUAACUCAAGUUAGCUCUUACUUGUCAUCUAACGUGUCUGAUCUUGACCUUAGUAUCCUGGAAAACAGUAUGUCAGACAAAGAGGAUGAUUUUCUGGGAAGACUACGUGUUCCUAAUCAAUACAAAGACAUCAGUGAACUUGCAAUAAGCAAACUUCCAGGAUACACAGUGUAAUUUCAGGUUUUCACUGUGUGGAAUAAGAUACGAUAUUUAAACUUUACAAAGCCUGUUACAUUUAGCUGCAAUAUAUAAAAGUUAAUUUAAGACUUUAUCAUGCACAUUUAAUACAUUGGUGAAUUUACUUACAAGGUUUUUAAAAUAAACUAUUUGAAUCUCUAACGAAUGGCUCUUAAGUGGU